CCCGCGAGUCGAUCGCGCCAAGUCAGGCGGGGCACGGGCAGCCACAGCACGCCCGAUCGAGACGCUCGUACCCCUAUAAAUUGCACCACGCACGUUGAUGGCGGCUGUAAUGCGGAUCUAAACGUGCGUGCCCGACAACCGCACAGUGUCUUGCCGAGAGAUCUGAGGGCGACGGGAUACCUUUGGGAUACGCAGGGUGAUCGCCGCGAUGAUGAUCAGAUACGUCAUCCUCUUCUUCGCAAUGUCGAGCGCUAUUCUGGCGGCUCCACAGUGGUACGGGCCCCAUGCUUCCCCGGCACCUUUGGGCCCCGACGGUCGCGUGGUAGAUACACCGGAAGUUGCGCAAUUGAAGGCUGCCCAUUUAAGCGCUCUAGCGGAGGCUAACGCACGUGCACCGAAGGGACCGGGAGCUAUCGGCGCUUACGUCGGGCCCAGCGGAUACGCUCCAAGCGCAUACGCUCCAAGUGGAUACGCUCCCAGAAAUUACAUUUCGCAUUACAGCGGACCACCGGCACCGCUGGGCCCGGACGGCCGCGUAGUCGACACGCCCGAGGUUCAGCAAGCCAAGGCCGUACAUUUCUCUCUCUACAAUGCGGAAGCGCGGCGCGUGCCGGCCGGUCCAGCCGAUCCAGUUGCUGUUGGCGCCUACGAUCCAUCCUGGAACAAUGGCGCCUACGGUCCCGCUUGGGACGGCCCGGCCAACAGCUACUAUUAAUUCGACUCCAAGGAAACGAUCGGUUCAGAACGACGUAUGCUUCCGCUCGUUCGGUGGACGUCGACGAUCCCGGCGAAAUCAAUCGCGCGAUCGGUCGCGCUGGACCCGCUCGUGAGAUCUUCGACGUCCUUCCCAGCUACCUCAAGAAUUGGAAGACUAAGACAGAUAUUACUAACUACCUCUCCGAUCAGUUCGAACAAACGAUUCUCCCUCGCCGAUCUUCCGAUCGCGCUUCCCAAUGAACUUCCUGCCUAUAUUUACAGCGUCGCGUUUCAUGCAUUUCCUAUUUGUCACGCGCGAGUACUCGUACUUCCGGGGUAUGUAGUGGAAAAAAUAUAUAUGCAUAUGGGAUAACAGUAGCGUAGUUAACCAUUUCGUGCUUUUUUGCACGGACCAACAC